UUUAAUGGCUUAAGUGUCGCUCCCAAUCAAAGCCCAAUUUCCCGAAGCCGCUCUUCUUUUUCCUCCGGACCCGUCACACCAUCGCCGCCUCCGCCACCGCCACGGCUCGUCCACCAUCCAUGCCGAAGCGGGGAGUCCUGCUCCUGUUGAAGCCUCUCGACAUCUACCCGCCGAUACCAGCCGCCCACCACCUCCCCAAUCUACCCCCUUCAUCCUCUUCUCCCUCCCCUCCCUUUUCUUCCCUCAACCCUAAGAUUGUGAGUUUUUUUAAUGACAGACUUAAGGUGCAUAAGGAUACGAUCAACCUAUGUCAGGAUGUUUUGCGAUGCAAAUUUGUUGAUUGGGAACCAGUGAUAUGUAAUAAUCUUUGUCAUCCAAUUCAUCAUGUGGAUCUUGUGAUCACAAUUGGUGGGGACGGCACUCUUUUACAAGCUAGCCAUUUUUUGGAUGACUCUAUUCCAGUCCUAGGUGUCAAUUCAGACCCUACUCAAAUUAAAGAGGUUAAUGAGUCAAGUAAUGAUUUUGAUGCUGCAAGAAGUACAGGUUAUCUUUGUGCUGCUACUGCUCAAAACUUUGAGCAGGUACUAGAUAAUAUCCUCGAGAGUUAUAUGCAACCUUCAGAAAUUUCAAGACUAUCUAUUACGGUAAACGGACAUCCAUUUCCAACAUAUGCUUUAAACGAUAUACUAAUUGCACAUCCUUGUCCAGCAAUGGUAUCUCGUUUCUCAUUUAGAAUUAAUGGCAACAAUGGAACAAGCUCGAGCUUAAUUAACACCCGAUCAAGUGGUCUUAGGGUUUCCACUGCUGCAGGAUCCACAGCUGCCAUUCUUUCGGGUGGAGGUUUGCGUAUGCCUAUAUCGAGUCGAGACCUUCAGUAUAUGGUGAGAGAGCCCAUUUCACCUGGACCUGCAGAAGCUCCACUGAUGCAUGGGUUUGUUAAACCCGAUCAAUCGAUUUUUGUUGAGUGGUAUUCUCAAGAAGGUGUUGUGUACAUCGACGGUUGUCAUGUAAUCCAAUCUCUUAAGUUUGGAGACAAAAUCAAGAUAUCUGCAAAAGCCCCAGUUUUGAAACUUUAUUUGCCUCAAGAUUUGGUGAGAGACCAUAAUCCAAAAUCUUACCGAUGGCGAAGUGUACUGUAAUUUUGUUCAUUGGAUCCUUUUGAUGUGAACAAAAAAAACCAACUGUUUGUGUUCUAUAAAGUGGACACGGGUUUUGACAAAAUGUAGGAGUUAUUUUGAUUGCUAGCUGAGUUGAGAGACUCCAUUAGUCA